AUGAAGCGCAAGGCUGCAUUACAACUGCCGCAUACCUCCAGACGCGCUCCCAGACAGGACCCCGUAUCUUGCGACUCUUGUCGACACAAGAAAAUCAAAUGCGAUCGUCAGCAGCCAUGCGGCAGUUGCUCCGCGCGCCGGUUGGCGUGCAUUUAUGGGAGACCAGAGGCCGCAAGGGUUCCGAACCCAUCACCGGCUGGCGCAAUGCGGACACCCCCUACGAGUAGCUCAAGUGUGCCCCCGAGAGCCGAAAAUGUUUCUACCGGACCUACUGAAGCUCCAUUGCGGCCAAGCAAUCGGGAGUCGCUACUCACAGCGGACUGGCUGGAGAACAUCCACAUGGCUGACCGGGUGCCAACAGCAACCCCGAAAUGGUUUCGAGAUGAACUAGAUGAUUCGGUAAGAGGGCGCAACUUAAGCGUGAACCAGGAGACAGGGCCUGCAAGACCACUACUGUCAAUGCCAUACAUGAAUCGGUCUGCCAUCAACGAGAAUCCGGCGUCGGUUAACUUGAUUGACUUUGUCCCCGCAAAAUCGGAGGCUUUGGAUCUCUUUCGAUAUUAUCAUCGUUACGUCGACUAUCUCUACCAUAUCCUUGUCCCCAAGUGCGUGGAGGACCAAAUAGAUGGCAUCUAUUGUUGCAUCGAAAGUGGCAAGCCCGUAGACCUCAGCCAUUUGGCGCUUCUUUUCGGCAUCCUAGCCAGCUCUCUAUGUCUGCAGCAAACUGUGGUGGCAUCUUCCGAUGUAGGAGAUCGAAGCCGAGAGUUUGCCUUCCUUACUGGUGCCGCGUUGAUCCAGAGCCAUUACUCCCUGUCUCCGACGCUCGUGGGCUUGCAGGCCACCAUGGUGGUCAUGCAUAAUGUCUCCAACUGGAACAUUCCACCGUCUGUGAGCGGUCUCUUUGUGCACGGUGCUAUCGUCAGCCAAGCAAAGAGUCUUAUGCUCCAUUGCAUUGACUCUCCGCGGUUUCGGAAUGAGAGGGAGGGAUCUGAUUACAAUCCAGUAGAUCUGGAACUCAAGAGACGGAUUUGGUGGGAUCUGACGUCUUUCGACUGGCUACUGGGCUUCCUCCCUGGCCCUCAAGAGUGGACGUAUCUCAUCCAGCCGCGCCACAUGAACGUCAACCAACCCUUAAAUAUAGAUGACAGUGCAAUGCUUCGCGAAAUGGUAUCACUGCCAAGUUCCACACCAACAGACAUGUCCUUCUUCCUUCAACGUCUGAAACUAGCGUCUGUUAGCCGAGAGGUAGUUGAUGCAACAUCCUACGAGCACCUGCAUGGCUUGGAGCCACAAUACGAAAAAGUCCUCGAGCUAGACCGAAAGUUCCAUCAAGCUGUGGCUGAAAUACCUGAUUUCUUCCGGCUGGAUCCAUCAUCUAGACGGCGGUUUGCUUCGCUUUACGAAGAGCGCCCGACCAUUGCCUGGCAAGGCUGUCUCCUGCAACAGGGUUUCUUCUCGCGUUUGUGCCGCCUACAUCGUGACUUCUUCAUCAGAGGAGCUCGUGAACCGGCAUACUCCUACUCUCAUGUUAUUUGUCUACAGUCUGCCCGAAAGGUACUGGAGAUCAAGAGGAUUAUGGAUGGAAACGAACCGAACUAUACUCCGCCAAACUCUGUCGUCUGGUCAGUCAUGCAUCAUGUAUUCGCUGCCGCCGUGAUACUAUUGCUGGACGUGUGCUUCAACUGGGACGAUAUACUCGCUGAGAAACGAAAGGAAGAAGUGCUAGAGGCCUGCCGCAUGCUGAGCAAGGCACAAGAGUCGUCUGCCCUAGUCAGAGAAGGAAUCAAUGCAAUGAUGGGCGUUUUGCAAAAGCAUUGGAGGACCGGAAAGCUGCAGCGGAGUGACGAGAUCCCCCCUGUUGUUCCACAUGGGAAUGACGCAGUGCGUUCUCAUCCGGGUCAUACACAGGCUUACGCCCAACCUCUCAGUACUGAAUUAAGCAAUGUCCCUUCAAAUCCCCCAAAUGCUAGCACCGAUGAUGUUCCCCAAGAGAGGCAUUUAGAGGACAUCUGGACCGAGAUGCUUGAGACAGGCAACGACCUAGCUCUGGACACUGCAGACUGGACGGAACUGUUGAACGAACUGACAGACCCAGAGUUAUCUCGGGGAUGA